CUGGCGCCGGCGAGGAUGCAGUUAGGGGAGCAGCUCCUGGGCAGCGCCGCUAGCCUGGCCGGGCCCCCCUUCUACCCGCCCGAGAGCAGCAGCGCCCGUGGCGGCCACCGCGGCCAGCCCAGCUCGGGCUUCCCGCAGCGCCUGGACUUGGACAAGGGGCCGAAGAAGUGCGGCCGCGCUGGGCCGGGCAUGCUGAGCGAGGCGGAGGCCGGCGAGCCCUUCCCCGGCGCGGGCUCCAAGCAGGGCGGCCCGGACGGGCGCAAGGCGGCCCCUGGCGGCGAGGCCGAGCUGCCCCCGGCCGCCGCCCGCUACCCACUGGACAGCCUGAGCCCGGAGCGCUACUACCUGCAGUCCCCGGGGCCGCAGGGCGCCGAGCUGGGCGCGCCCCGCUCGCUCUUCCCCUACCCGGCGGCGCAGCACGGCUCCGUCUACCCCGCGCCCGGCGGGGCGCGCUAUCCCUACGGCUCCGUGCUGGCCCCGGGGGGCUUCUCGGCCGCCGUCUGCUCCCCGGGCGACCGCGCGCAGUUCGGGGGCGGCGGCGGCGGCGACGGCUACCAGUACGGCCAGGGGGCGGCGGGGCCCCUCUACAGCCCCUACCCGGCGGCGGGCUCCUGCGGCGGGCUGGGCGCCUUGGCCAUGCCCGGCUCGGGGCCGGGGCUGCGGGCGCAGGUCUUCCUCUGCAACCGCCCGCUCUGGCUCAAGUUCCACCGGCACCAGACCGAGAUGAUCAUCACCAAGCAGGGCAGGCGGAUGUUUCCCUUCCUGAGCUUCAACAUCACCGGCCUCAACCCCACGGCCCAUUACAACGUGUUCGUGGAGGUGGUGCUGGCCGAUCCCAACCACUGGCGCUUCCAGGGGGGCAAGUGGGUGACGUGCGGAAAAGCGGACAACAACAUGCAAGGCAACAAGGUGUAUGUUCACCCUGAGUCCCCAAACACUGGGGCUCACUGGAUGAUGCAGGAGAUCUCUUUUGGAAAACUAAAACUGACCAAUAACAAAGGUGCUAACAAUAAUAAUACUCAGAUGAUAGUACUUCAGUCUCUACACAAGUACCAACCUCGACUUCAUAUUGUGGAAGUGACUGAAGAUGGGGUUGAAGAUCUGAAUGACUCUUCAAAGACUCAGACGUUUAUUUUCCUGGAAAUCCAGUUCAUAGCAGUUACUGCAUAUCAAAACACUGAUAUCACUCAGCUUAAAAUUGACCAUAAUCCUUUUGCAAAGGGCUUCAGGGACAACUAUGAUUCAUCCCACCAGAUUGUCCCAGGAGCCCGGUACAGCGUGCAACCAUUCUUCCAGGAACAGUUUGUCAACAACUUGCCACCAGCCAGAUUUUACAAUGGUGAGAGAACUGUACCUCAGACAAAUGGCCUACUCUAUCCUCAGCAAAAUGAAGAGGUGGCCAAUCCUCCCCAGAGAUGGUUUGUUACUCCUGUGCAGCAACCUGGUACCAACAAACUGGACAUGAACUCCUAUGAAACAGAAUAUUCUCCUAGCACCUUGCUCCCCUAUGGCAUUAAAUCCCUUCCGUUGCAGACAUCCCAUGCUUUGGGAUAUUAUCCUGAUCCAACAUUCCCUUCCAUGGCAGGGUGGGGAAGCAGAGGUUCUUAUCAGAGAAAAAUGGCGACUGGGUUACCUUGGACCUCCCGAACAAGUCCCCCGGCUUUCUCUGAAGACCAUCUUCCCAAGGAGAAGGUGAAAGAAGAAAUCAGCUCAUCUUGGAUAGAGACCCCACCUUCCAUAAAAUCUCUAGAUUCAAAUGAUUCUGGCAUCUACACUAGUGCUUGUAAGAGAAGACGACUCUCUCCUAGUACUUCCAGCAAUGAAAAUUCUCCAACAAUGAAAUGUGAAGACAUGAAUGCUGAGGACUAUAGCAAAGACACUUCAAAAGGCAUGGGCUACUAUGCUUUCUAUACUACUACUUAGAGCAUUAUUUCAUCCCAAUUGGCUAAAUUUUCAGAGUGGCUUUGGUUUUUUCUUUUUUCUGCAUAAAAGUUGCCAAAAAGGUUCUUGCCUUCCACC